AGCGUCUCCGGACUGCCAAAGCCGGCGCCGGCGCCUGCCGAAAUAGUGGAGCAAAGCCGCGGGGGCGCCACUGUCUCCAAUUUUCGGAGCCGUCAGUUCGCUGCAGGAAGGCUCUUCCGGAAUCGCCCAAGCCGGGAAAGACCUGAUCACCUGCCAAUGCUGCCAUCAACCUGACCAACAUCACUGUUUUACCGUGUAAUCCGUAAGGUCAGGUAAUUCCCAUCCACUACUCGAUUCGCCCAUCAAACGCCAGGAAUGAAGACGCCGUCCAAGUACCCAACUCCUCGAUGCAAGGGCUUGACCGCGCACCCGUAGCCGCAAAGCCCCGGGCCUGCCACAACUGCCGCCGCCGCCGUCUUCGCUGCGAUCGCUCUUUUCCAUCUUGUCGAAAGUGUUCCAUCUCGGGCGAGCACUGUCUUGGCUAUGGCACCCUCUUUCGGUGGGCCAAUGCCCCAGCCAUCCGCGGGAAACUGGUGGGACAGCUUGACGUGAAGAGGUCCGGGAAGCCAGGGCCGAAGUCGGGUUCAGUUCCACCUCAGACUCGGACUCCAAUUCAAGAAUCUUUCUUCGUCCAUCCGUCGCUUGUCGACCCCCUGUUGAAUGGUUUAAACCACCGAACCAGGCAUUAUGUCCAUCACUUCGCCACGGCCGUCUGUCGCGACCUGGUAUCCUUCGAUCAACAUGACUGCAACCCCUUCCGCGGUGUCCUCCCCUUGCUGUAUGAGUUCGACUUCCUCCGGGCCGUCGUCGUAGCCACAGGAGCCAUGCAUCUAGUCGCCCUCAAUGGUUACCAGAACCAACCCGGCCGACCGGAGCUAGUCGACGCCCUGGUGGCCAAAGGCAAAGCGUUGAGUCUUCUUCGAUCCGCUGUCGACAGAAUGACGCCCGAAAACCAAGCCAUGGUGCUCGCCGCCACCGUCUUUCUUAUCAAUCUCGAUCUGAUCGACUCGGGCAAGGGGAGCUGGCAAGUCCACAUCGAAGCCGCCAGUGCUCUGAUGUCGUCGCUCCGCCAUUCGGACCAUAAGCAGUUGGACCAGGGACUCAUGGACUGCGUCAACGCCAUCGCCGCCGACUGCCUCACCUACCGAGUUUUCGGGUCUGCCAUUAGCGGGGUGGCCCUGACAUCCUGGGCCGAGCACGACCCCAUCGAGUUUUUGUCCAUCCUGAAGCGCGCCGAGGCAUUCAGCUACCACUGCUGCCCGCCAGAGAUUCUUCACAUCCUUCUCUCGGCUAGCAACUUGUAUAGCCGCGGCGGUCACAAUCGAGUCGAAGAAGACGCCCUCUCCCUGCUUCACCAGGCCCGGUCUCUCGACCUCGUCGAGUGGGUGCAGAAUAUCCGUGGCCUCUCCACUCAAGACGAUCUCGACAUCCGUCUCAGCAUCGCGCUAGCCCACCGCGCCACCGCAUGUUUGUAUAUCCUUCUCGCCGUCCCGGAAGCGGUUCCCUUCCCAUCCUCGGUCGACAUGCUCGUCCAGGAAGUCCUAGGCUACCUAGCGGCCGUGCCCAUCGAUCAUAUCCACUUGAAGGGGACGAUAUGGCCGACGUUUGUCGUCGGCGCCCAGACGGACGACCCGGUGCAGCGCGCCUGGUGCAUUGAGCGGAUGCAGGCCGUAUGGACGACGAACCCUUGGAUAUGUCCGUGGGGCUAUAUCCGGACUGCCAUGCAGAUGUUGCAACACCUUUGGGAUGCUAGGGAUCGGGAGCCGGCCAGAGAGGGUAGGCGGAACUGGUUGCUCGAGUUGAAGAGUAUGCGGGAGAAGUGUUUGAUCGUAUGAGAAACUCCAAAUCCAUUAGACGUUUUUGUCUGGCUUCAAGGUUAGGUGCUCCCUAACGCUUCACGUGUGUUGCUCAACUUCGAGAGCCUCACCCCCUGAGUUGUCAAUCCAACACGGAGAGGCGGGGUGAGUUGGCACCCCGUGGCUUCCCCGCAUGUCACCGGGCCUUGAC